AUGUGGUACACAGGCCAAGGAUCAUAUGGGUCCGUGUACCAGGCAAGGGUGAAGGACUCAGAUGAGACCGUGGCCAUCAAAGUCAUACCAGUGGGAGAGCACGAUGAGAUUGGAGAGAUCCAGAAGGAGAUUGACAUGCUCAAGGAGUGCAACCACCCAAAUGUGGUGCACUACCUGGGGAGCUGGAAAACGAAAGGGGCGCUGUGGAUAGCCAUGGAGUUCUGUGGCGGUGGCAGCGUGUCAGACCUGGUGCAGGCAGCCGAGGGUCCCCUGGCCGAGGAGAUCAUUUCCUACAUUUGUGCAGAGACCCUGGCCGGCCUCAACUACCUUCACGCCAUCGGCAAGGUGCACAGGGACAUAAAGUGCGGCAACAUUCUGCUGACGGAGGCUGGAGAGGUGAAGCUGGCGGACUUUGGGGUGGCAGCGCAGCUGACGCACACCAUGUCCAAGCGCAACACCUUCAUUGGCACGCCCCACUGGAUGGCACCAGAGGUCAUCCAGGAGUCCCGCUACGACAGCAAGGUGGACGUGUGGGCGUUGGGCAUCAGCGCGAUAGAGAUGGCGGAGGCAACGCCCCCCCGCUGGGCCGUGCACCCCAUGCGAGUCAUCUUCAUGAUCUCGCGCGAGCCGCCCCCGCAGCUGGCCGACAAGCACGCCUGGUCCCCCGCCUUCCAGUCCUUUGUCGCCUCCACGCUGCGCAAGGAUCCUGCGGUGAGGCCGGCAGCCAAGGAGCUGCAGCAGCAUGAGUUUGUGCGCGGGCCGCACGGCAGCGCAAGGACCCAGGCCCUGCAGCCGCUCAUAGAGCGCUCGCGCGGGAAUGCUGCUGCCCUCCUCGCAGAGCUUGAAGGGCCGCCAAAACUACCACCAGGCGUCAGGUGCACACACAGCCCUGAUGCUGUUGAACCCUUAGUCCAUGUGAGAGACCACCCUUGCAUUGUGGUGGAAGCUGCCGCUGUUGUCUGCAUGGCAAGGAUCUUGAUUAGUAGCCGCGUUGACUACCAUAGAUUACCUUGCUUGAUGAGAGGGAACUGA